AUGAUCCGACUCAGCUCCGACGACAGCGUCCAUUUUGAGCUCCUUCGCAUCCUGGGCCUCUCCCGAUACUUCGGCGCCGAUGUAGGCGAAGUCCUCCAAGCGGCGGCCCAGAUCCAGGCAGAAGAUCUCACAAGCGUCUGCCGCGUAUUCCACAAGCUGGCCACUCGAGUCAAUGGCCAGGCGGAGCAGAUUGACGCCUCCAAGUACCCCGUCUCCGCGCGUGACGCGUAUUUCCGAGCCGCGACAUACUUUCGCUCGGCCGAUAUCUAUUUGCAUACCAGUAACGACGCUUCGGACCCGCUGAGUGAUGAACUGUGGGAAAAGCAGCGCCUGGCCUUUGACAAGGCCAUCGCCCUCCUUCCAAUCCCCGGGGAGAGACUUCUCCUCAAGGCCGACGGCUUCGAUGUGGCCGCCAUCUAUUAUCGGUCUACAGUCGGGGAUCGCUCGACUCCGAAGCCGGCGCUCAUCAUAGGGCCUGGGUAUGAUGGCUCCCACGAAGAGAUGCUCCAUGCUAUUGGUUUCGCGGCGUUGGAGAGGGGAUACAACGUCCUCACCUACGAGGGCCCCGGCCAGCCGACAGUCCGACGCGACCAAGGCUUAGGCUUCAUCGUCGAGUGGGAACGGGUUGUCACCCCCGUCGUAGACUAUCUGUACCGUCAGCCGGAUGUGGACAGUUCGCGAAUCGGCUUGAUCGGCGUCUCAAUGGGCGGGUGGCUCGCCGUUCGAGCCGCGGCCUUCGAACACCGCCUCGCGGCUGCCAUGGCGAUUGACGGCGUGUACGACUUCUAUCAAGCCGCCGCCUCGCACUUUCCGCCCCCAGUGCGGGCUCUCCUGGACUCUGGAGAUUUUCAAGCACUGGACUCGCACCUGGGAGAGUUCUUGGCCAGUGGGAUGGCCCCCACCGCGGUGAGCUGGGGAAUUGGUCAGGGUCUAUGGAGCUUCAAUGUCGCUUCUCCCGGAGAGUUGGUAGCCAAGAUGAAGGGCAUGACCCUCAAGGGGAUCGAAGAUAAGGUACAAUGUCCCGUCUGGGUCGGCGAGGCCAGCGAAGACCAAUUCACAAAGGGCCAGCCGGAACAGGUCAGAGACGCGCUGGGAGACAAGGCGACAUAUGUCAGGCUGACGGCCGAGGAUGCCGCGGGGUACCAUUGUCAUGAGGGUGCGGCGGUGUUGAUGAACCAGCGGGUGUUGGACUGGUUUGGAGACAUCAUCUCGAAAAGAUGA